GUCACUUUUCAUUGCAAAUGGUGCUCCUGCCGUUUGCGCCAGCCUGACUGGCGCCCAACAGCUUUGUCCGCUCCAGUGUAUGACCAGCUGGGAACACCAGGUGCAUUCGCCCAACGGGCACUUUUGGUCCCUUCCUGUGCUGCUGCGAGCUGCGGCACGCGGCAAGCCAUCAGGUUGCGAUGACGAACUCAACACGGACAAUGAGCAAGAGCUGCUGCAGAGAGGAAGGGCGUCCAAGCAAAAGAUCAGAGACUCCAAGGAGAUCAAUACGGACAACGAGCAAGACCUCCUUCGGCGUAAAGACUUCAGACCUUCGGCGCAGGAAGUUCGACAGCCGGAGCAGAAGCUUUGGCAGAGCAGAGGAAGCUUUGAAGAUAGCGGCCCCAGUGAAUCCCUUGGGGAGUUAGUGCAUUUUGCUGAAGGCCUAUGCCGAGACCACAUUGCAGUUGGAAGGAGGCACGACCGCUUGGGCAGUGUGCUCGCUUCCAGGGCUGCAUCCGAACCCUCCGCAAGUGGAGAGACAAGUGCCGAAGACUCUGUGGAUGAAGACCUUGAGGAAAGUGCAGACGGAAGCAUUCGGGGUCCUUCGAACCAUGGAGGUUUGCAGGUUGAUACAACCAUCAACCAACAGGCUUUGGCUUCAGGUGGUGCCAACAGCCAUGUGGAUGAGGUAGAUACUGAGCAGGUCAGCCCUUCUGAUACAUGGGUGGAUGAGCCAGAGCAGGUGGCGUUUUCCAACAGCGUUGGGCAAAGUGAGAUUCCUGCCAUUAGCCCUACUGAAGAAGCAACUAGAUCCAAUAUUGAAGUUCAGGUGUGCUUGGACAGCUUUCGGAGUGAAACCGUCUCGGAAAUCUCUGGAGACUUGGAUCUCUGUUGCCUGCGGAGGGCUGACUGUCGAUUCACCCAACCUGGGCCCUGGUUUUGCGGCAUGCAGGGCGCAACUCACACUGACUUCGAGUGGAAAGACACGUUAGAGGUUUGUGGAAGGGAGCGCUUAUGCCUCAGGCAAAUCUCCGAGGCAGUGGAUGACAGCCUCCAUGCCCUUUGGCACGGCAGCCCAGCGCCUGCGGCCCGGGAGAGGGAGCGAGCGUCAGAUGCCAUCCCAGCCUUAUUGGCCAACCUCAGUGGCCAGCUGCGGAUCUACCACUUCCAGCUGAAGGAGAAGAGGUGUGUGGAAUGCAUGGAUGGCAGUGUGGUGCUACUAGAAUUGCUAAGUCGUUUGGUGGAGGUCCUGGAUGCCUUAGCACCUGCUGAGUCCACUGUUGGAGCAGCUUCCCCUGCGCUGGCCGUUCCGUGCUUCCGGGAGUUGGUUUGCGAUGCCCUCAAUGAAGCACUUGGAUUGCGGGGCUUCCUGCCCUUGUGCAUUUCCUAUGUGAAUGGAAGCCCACUGGAAGAGUUGGACGGCAGCGAUUUGACGCUGGAGAUGUCCUUCCAUGCCCUCAUGGCCAUCCAGCUAUGUUUGCUUUGGUUCCCACCAACCAGAGUAGCGCUGCCGGAAGAGACCUUUAUCGACAGCGGUGGUUAUCAAGCUGUGUUGACCUUAGCUGCUGACAUCGUGGCUGACCUGGAAGAUGCCGAACCGGGCACAGAAUUCCUGGGCUUGGAGCGUUUAGGCCUUGCAAUGGACAUCCUCCGGCUGGGGAUGAGGUCCAACGUGGGAAUCGACUACGUCUGUGGAAACACUGGUGACACGGCGGAGGCACCUCCGGUGGCACCGUUGGCCAUCCGAGCAUUGGAGGCGUUGUCACGCGCGGCCGGCUCUUGCCAUAGUUCUGGCUCUGGUGCGUUUCAACAGGUGGCCAUUGCCACCUUGCCUUCAGCGGUGCGCUUCGUAGGAGCCUUGUUGCAUCUCACGCCCAUCGCCCGAUUCAUGAGCUUGGCCCACGUGGUCCAUGCCCUUAGGGCAGCUCUCCAGUGCCGUCCUUUGUCACUUCCACUCACUGCUGCCUUCAGGGACUUGGUGCGGCGGGAGAGGUCUAGACAUUGGUUUAGUCAGGGUAAGGAGGCUGCUCAGCUGCGAGGUGAGUUUUAUCGGAGCCUUGAUGGGGAGAAUGUGCUGAAUGAACUGGCGCUUGCAGCCACCGAGCGAGUGGAAGAGCUGAUGGAAUCCCUGCAAAAGAAACGUGGCGAAGGGGGACAAAGCUAUGUUGCCUGCAAGUCGCGUGGGAUGAAGGAUGUUGCAGUGGAAUCAUUGGAAGAAGCAGUGGUCAUAGGAAACUACUAUGACAAUGUUGAGGCUGCUGUGGUGGCAGUUUAUGGCAAGACAUCCAGAGUGGAAGAGAUGGCUGAACUGCAAGAGCUUCGUUCCUCUCUUCGGCCCACGGCACCGGCCGGUGCCCUGGAGACCAUGCGAAGACACCUGGAGCGGUGCUUUCCACUGCCACGGGCUUCCACGCAAGAAUGAUCACUUCCACGUUAGUAGUUGGCAAAAGGUGGAAGUGAUCAUCCAGUGAUCAUCUGCAUUUCAUUUGGAGGAUUGAAAGGCCAGCAUUGCCAGGCAACUUGGCCAUCUUUUUUUCUGCCCGGAAUUAGAUAAGGCCCCCAAUGCAGCGAGGCACAAAC